AUGCUGUUGAAUUUUUUACUGACCAUUAGGUGUGGAUGUUGGUGAUCGUUGGAAAUGUAUUUAUGAGAUUUGCCAGCCUCGUAUUGGUGAUCAUAUUCUGGCAUUUAAUGAUAUUCAUCUUUUGAUGUCUACACUUGGAAAUAAACAAAAAAAGGAAUCAGAAAAACUAAUGGAAUCCAUUAAGACCUUUAUUAACAAUCACACUGGUACACAACGUGACAUCAUGCAAAAGAUUGGUAUAACAAUAUGUGAAGCAGUCCAGGCAUACAGUGAUGGUGACUUUGCUAAAGCUGUGGAUAUAUUCCUACCUGUACGGUAUAAAGUUGUAAACAUUGGAGGUAGUAAUGCACAGAGGGACUUGUUUAACCUGUUUCUCAUAAAUGCAGCCUUGAAGUCUUCGAAAAAAGAACACCAUCAACUGGCAAGAUCGCUGCUGGUUGAGAGAAAAGCACUAAAGGAAAGUGCUCCAAUGACUGACCGAUUGAUGGGGAAAGCUAUAGCACAAGUGGAAUAGUCACCGAAAGACAACUCAACAGAUUUAAAAACAACUUUUAAUUUCUUGUAUACCUUAAUAAUAUAAUCACAUAUUAAUCGGAUGUUAAUUUUAAUAUAUUAUACACAGUGUUGUCAAAUUACUUUUGACACUUCACUGUUGAAAGACAUAACCCCAAAUUGAAUUGGUUGAUACCCAUUGGUAAACAAAACACCACAAUGAUAAACGAUACAUUAUAUUUUGUCCAUAUAUGAAAAAAAAUGAGACUAUGUUUAUUCUCAUACCUUAAUUCACCAUUCCUUAAGCAGCUUAUAAACUGCUACUGUUCCAUUCAUACACAGAUUAUAAACUGCUAUCUCUGUAUCCAUAUUGUCCUGUCAAAUUGAGAAAACACCUAACCCUAUAUAAUUGAUAGUUCUGCU